GUCAAGGGACGCAGGUUGGGUAGUGACAGGGCUCUGCGGCGUUAGCGCUGCUGUGAUGAAGUGCGGAAGAAACAAGGGGAAUUCCUGAGAAUUAUCCACCUACAUGAACAGAUUGAAUUGAGUUGCCUUAGCAAGCUAGUCUGUGAGGCGCGUUUAAUUAUAUUAAAUAUGGUACCAGAAUUUGGGAGCCAUUGUUAACCAUUAACGUUGUUAGCGUUGUGGUGUUUGUCAACGCUUUUCUACCGCCUCAACAAGUCUUCCGCACUCAGAGCAACGCUAAGUUAGCUAUCUGUUUUGCUAGCUAGCUAACUCGGCUAAAGCUUUAGGUACGCGUUAAGACUGCCAGGUCCUAGGUCAUGGUCCAGCCCCAGCCUUACGUGGACAGCGCCUUCCAGUGGGACAUGGCAGGAGAGGAGGCAGUGGGGGCUGCCAGCCAAGGCUCACUAACGAAUAGUUCUCAAGGAUCACUAAGGGUGCCACCUGAAUUAGCUGGGCAUGAAGUGGUCAACAGACUUCUUUUGGAUAACCACCAGUUACGAGAGGCACUAAAGAGGAGCAAUGAUGCCCUGAAAAACAGGUGUGAGGAGAUGGAGGGAUGGCAGCGAAGAACUAGGGAGGAGAGAGAAUUUCUGAAUGGCAAGUUUCAUGAGGCACGGGCUUUGGUUGAGCGACUGGCUCAGGAGAACAAGAAUUUGCUGGGCAAGCUCAACCCCAAUGGCAGUCAUGUAGAACCUCAAGGCACUGCUAUCGGCACAGAGACAGCAUGUCAAAAUCGGAACCAAGAGAGUAAUGGACUGAUGGAGGAUUCUAAUGAGUUAGCCGUGGUUGAGCGGAAGGUUGAUGCAGAACAAGACACUGACAGACAGGGAUCUAGUGAGAAUAGUUCCCUCAAUAGUUAUAUUCCCAGUUUUGGUGAAAGCUUGCCCUGUGGGCAAGAGGGCAGGGCCUGUCGGCCUAAUGAAGGUUCUAACGAAAUCCUAAAGAUGCUGAAGAGUCAUAAAGAGAAGCUAGAGCAAGGAAUGAGAGAGCUUAGAAGAAGAAAUGAGGAACUGGAGAAGGAGAAAAUGGAGAGUAAAAAAGAGAAUGAAUGCCUUCUGAUAACUGUGGACCAGCUACGCUUCAAAGUGACACAGCUUACUCAGUGUACAAGUGUUCCUAAAACAAAUGCUUGUACCGUCUCUGCUGAAAGCUUUCACUUGGCUAAACUAACAGAACAGCUUCAGGCUACUCAAGGCAGGUAUAGAGAGCUUCAGGAAAAACUGAACCUACUAGAACAGAACACAGUGCAAAGGGAUAGAACUGAGGCGCUACUCAAGCAGAAAGAGAAAGAUUAUAUUCAGCUGACCAAGGACAGUGAGGCUCUGAGGGCUCAGGUCACUUCUCUACUUGGUGAGCUGAAAGAGCGGCAGACAUCCCUAGACAAGUGUGAAGAGGAGAAAAGACGUUUAGAAGAAAGGCUGUGCUGUAAGACAGACAACCUGCAGACUCUGGAGCGUGACAUGGAGGAACAAAAGAAGCAGCAUUGCGUGACCGUGGACAAAUUCCUUUUGCAAACACAGAACCUGGAGGCAGCACUGAAGACAGAACGGGCUGUCAUUGUGGAGGAGAGGAGGAAGCUAGCUCAACUCCAGCAUGCUUACACCUGUCUCUUUCAGGAUUAUGACUCCAAACUGAAAACUGAAAAGCUAGCCAAUCACAGGAGUGGAGAAACAGAGACGCUUACUCACAGACUAGAGGAAGCUGAGAAAGCUCUGGCCUUGAAACAAGCUCAUAUCGACAAACUCAAGGAAGAAGUGGAGCAGCAGAGGACCUUACAGGAGACCAUUGAAGUGCUUACAGCACAGGCGGAGAUCUAUAAGUCAGACUUCCAUGCAGAGAGAAGAGCACGAGAGGAGCUCAACCAAAAGAAGGAGGAGCUGCAGGAAAAACUGAACCAAACACUGACUGAACUCAAUCUCCACAAGCAGGAGAAGAUGCAGCAAAGACACAUGGACAGCUACAGACCUCUCCCACACCUGCCACCACCUGCAGUAAUGCCAGGCGCUGGGAUACCACAGCCGAAUCGCAAUGCCCCUGAGAUGCAGCCUGAAUACCAAUGCCCUAAGUGUCAGUACAAUGCUCCGGACAUGGAUACCCUGCAGAUUCAUGUCAUGGACUGUAUCCAGUGAGAAGAGGAGCGCCGCAGAUCGAGAAUAAUGAGCAUGAUCUACAGAGCUGGAAUCCUAUCACAGCAACUUUAGCGUAAACAAUCUAAGCACAAGUAAAUCAAUGAACAGAAAAUUUUGUUAAAGGACAGGCCUAAUGAUUGCCUGUGCAACUGAUCAAGAAAGAAGAUACAUAGCAGUUGCAGUGGACAUUUUAUUUCGGGGAGCUAGAACUGUCCGCAGUGUACUAUUUGACAUAAUAUAUUAGUUAUCUGUUAGAAAAGAUGUGUACCUCUCUGUGACAGUGUAGUGUAAUGUACUGCACGUGUUUUCGAUGUACAGCACAAGUCUGUCAGUGACAACAGUCCUUUUAUAAAUGUGCUAUUUGUCUCUCUGAAUGUAUGGAUUCUGAAUGUAUGGAUUCAUAUCUUUGUCUGUUAAUAUUGUCUAUAAUCUUGCUUGAAUGUAUUAAAUACUUUGUACAGUCUAUUAUGGAGAGAUUUGAAGAUUAAAAACAUAAAUUGAAA